AUGGCGAGGGUUAGGGGGAAUCGGCAUCAAGGGAAGAGAUCCUCUACGAUGGUUCUGGUGCUUUCGAUGCUAUUAAUGCUGUCGGUAGUGCUCUUGAUGCUCCUCGGCCUCGGGAUCCUCUCCCUUCCGAUUGGCGCCGGAGAGGACUCUUUGCCCGUCGCCGAUCGAAUCAAACUGAAGCGAUUCAAAUUGGAGAUCAAAAGCGAAGGGGAAGGAUUGGGGAAAAGAGGGGAGCAGUGGACGGAGAUUCUAUCGUGGGAGCCUAGGGCUUUCUUGUAUCAUAACUUUUUGUCCAAGGAAGAAUGUGAGUAUCUGAUAAAUCUUGCCAUACCUCACAUGGUGAAAUCUACAGUGGUUGAUAGCAAGACCGGCAAGAGCAAGGAUAGCAGAGUUCGCACGAGUUCUGGAAUGUUCUUGAGGAGAGGGCGAGAUAAAGUCAUCAGAGAUAUUGAAAAACGAAUUGCGGACUUUACCUUCAUACCUGCAGAGCAUGGAGAAGGUCUUCAAAUUCUUCACUAUGAAGAGGGACAAAAGUACGAGCCCCAUUUUGACUACUUUCUUGACGAAUUCAACACAAAAAACGGGGGUCAACGCAUAGCCACUUUACUGAUGUACUUGUCAGAUGUUGAGGAAGGGGGUGAGACAGUUUUUCCCGCUGCCCAGGGCAGUUUUAACUCCACGCCAGGGUGGAACGAGAUGUCUGAGUGUGCUAAGAGGGGCCUAUCUGUGAAACCCAAAAUGGGUGAUGCAUUACUUUUCUGGAGCAUGAGGCCGGAUGCUACUCUGGAUCCAACAAGCCUGCAUGGUGGUUGCCCAGUUAUCAAAGGGAACAAAUGGUCAUCAACGAAGUGGAUGCAUGUUGGUGAAUAUAAAGUCUAG